AUGGGUUGUGGAAUGAGUACUGAGGACAAGGAGGGCAAGGCCCGCAAUGAGGAGAUUGAGAACCAGCUCAAACGGGACAAGAUGAUGCAAAGGAACGAGAUCAAGAUGCUCCUGCUCGGUGCUGGAGAGUCGGGCAAGUCCACAAUUCUCAAGCAGAUGAAGCUGAUCCACGAGGGAGGCUACUCGCGCGACGAGAGAGAAUCGUUCAAGGAAAUCAUCUACAGCAACACUGUCCAGUCGAUGCGUGUUAUCCUGGAGGCUAUGGAAUCACUAGAGCUGCCGUUGGAAGAUGCCCGCAACGAAUACCACGUCCAGACCGUCUUCAUGCAACCCGCUCAGAUCGAAGGAGAUAGCCUGCCCUCGGAAGUUGGCAACGCUAUUGGAGCUCUUUGGCUGGAUGCUGGUGUUCAGGAGUGCUUCAAGCGAUCUCGCGAAUACCAACUGAACGACUCUGCUAAAUACUACUUUGACUCUAUCGAACGUAUUGCCCAGCCCGACUACCUUCCUACCGAUCAAGAUGUGCUCCGCUCCCGUGUUAAGACUACCGGUAUUACCGAGACGACAUUCAUCAUCGGCGACUUGACCUACCGUAUGUUCGAUGUCGGUGGUCAGCGUUCUGAGCGAAAGAAGUGGAUUCACUGCUUCGAGAAUGUGACUACGAUUCUUUUCCUGGUCGCCAUCUCCGAGUACGACCAGCUGCUCUUUGAGGAUGAGACCGUCAACCGUAUGCAGGAAGCCCUCACCCUGUUCGACUCGAUUUGCAACUCUCGCUGGUUCGUCAAGACCUCGAUCAUUCUCUUCCUCAACAAGAUCGAUCGCUUCAAGGAGAAGCUGCCAGUCAGCCCCAUGAAGAACUACUUCCCCGACUACGAGGGUGGUGCCGACUAUGCCGCUGCGUGCGACUACAUUCUCAACCGCUUCGUCUCAUUAAACCAAGCCGAGCAGAAGCAGAUCUACACGCAUUUCACAUGUGCCACAGACACGACGCAGAUUCGAUUCGUGAUGGCAGCUGUAAAUGAUAUCAUUAUCCAAGAAAACCUGAGACUCUGUGGUUUGAUUUAA